CCCAGCAUGUCUCCAGACCUAUAACACAAGAUGAGCAUCUGUGGGGCAUCCUCAAACGGAAGGUGGAGGAGUGCAAGGUCUCUAACAUCCACCAUUCUUCGUGAUGUCAUUGAGGAGUGGAAGAGGACUCCAGUGGCAUCAUGUGAAAGCUCUGUUGAACUCCAUGCCCAAGAGGGUUAAGGCAGUGCUGGAAAAUAAAGGUGGCCACACAAAAUAUUGACACUUUGGGCCCCAUUUGGACAUUUUCACUUAGGGGUGUACUCACUUUUGUUGCCAGCCGUUUUUUACAUUAAUGGCUGUGUGUUGA